AUAUCAACAGCCUAUAAACACAUAAAUAAAAUAAAAAAAACACGUACAACACACAUCUUACAUAAAUCAAACGCGGGAUUUGGCAAGAACAGAGAACACCGAGUCGUUCUCAAAUCUGUGACACUAACGAUGCCUGCUGCUUAGAAAGUUGACAUUCUCUCAAUCAACAAGGAGGGGGAGGUGGACUCCGGUAAUGUGGGCGUUAACUAGUUGGACUAGUGGGUUUCAGUUUUACUUAGGUAGGCUAUCUUGCUCGAUUUUAUGCCAUACAAUGUCUUUGGCUGUGGCGAGCUGGAACAGAACCAUUCGACAUUUAUAAGAUAGUCUUCACUUGUGGCUAUUUCAUGUUGGCUAUUUUCAUACUGUAAAUCAGACUGUUUUUUAAUAUUGUCAUUUUUUCAUUCCAGCUGGAAUGCAGCUGUAAACUUCCGGAAUAAUAGAUAUUUGAACGGAGUCAUGUGAACGUUAUAUUUCAUUAAAUGCAGAUACGGACGAUUGUAGGCUACUCGUUGUAUGUUGAUGCACAAAUGUACUCGCCGUUAUGUUUUGCAUAGUGUACAAAGACAGUGUUUCUAAGAGAAAAAAACAUGGUCGUUCUUUAAAUCACUCAAAAGCAAAUCACGCACUAUAAAGUGUAUCGUAUUAGUUCAGUUUUCAAAGAACGCAAAAAUGGAGACGUCUACAUCCUCGGAAGCGGACUUGAAACUACUGGCUCUGUCAAAGGACACGCAAGAUGUCCAGCCUCCAGAUGUCCAAACCUUUCCAUUGCCUGAGAAAUGGAAAACCACAUUCAGUUCUGCUGAGAUAAGAAUUACUGAUGCAACGUCAGAUGCAUUAUAUCUAUUCCUUCAUUCAAAAUCCAAUGGAGACACCAAGGAGAUUACCCAGGAAGGAGCAACCAGCUCCAGUGUCACUGAAUUAAAACACAGUCAAACAUCCUCUGAGACACAAAUCCCUAAGGAAAUCAAGAACGACACAGCUACUGAAAAACAUUUCUGCCAAGUUGUGUACAACGGCUUGAAAAAUCAAGGAGCAACCUGCUACCUGAACUCAGCUUUGCAGGUCCUCUUUAUGACCAAAGAAUUCAGAGAGGUGGUAGAAAGGUUGCAGAUCACAUCAAAUGACAAUGAGGUCCAUUACCAACUACAACAACUAUUUGAAAAUCUAAAAGGUGAUCACAAAUGUGUAUCUACUGUCAAAAUAACCAAAAGUCUCUCAAUUAAAAAUGUUUUUGAACAGCAAGAUGCAGUGGAGUGGUUCGAGAAAAUCCUGAGUGUGGUGUCACCAGAUGCCUCUCAGGUCUAUGAAGGAACCUUACGAAAAACACUGAGGUGUCUGAAACAUAAUGGUGAAUCUUACGAAGACAGCCAAUUUCUUUCACUUCCAAUCUCCAUCAAUGCUGGACUUGAUGUAGUAUUCAGCAUGGUUGACGGUCUUGAAGCCUUUUUUCAAACAAAAAGGUUUGAUGUGGACAACUGGCUGUACUGCGAUGACUGUGAUGAGAAAACAGACAUGGAAAUUAGUUUUAACAUCCAGGAGUAUCCCACAAUACUGACUCUGCACCUCAAGCGGUUUUACUUUGACUACAUGACAAUGGGAUAUCAGAAGAACUGCUGCCCUAUGGACAUACCCUCCACACUUACCCACUUCAAGAGUUGCACAUAUGAUCUGUAUGGUGUCAUCAACCAUAGUGGUGUGUAUGGAGGUGGACACUAUGAUGCCUACAUUCAGUCUCCUGAAAAUAAAGACUGGUAUUGCUUUAAUGAUUCUCAUGUGAUAAAGGUAACAGACAAAGACUUCCUGAAAAGGUCAAAGACCGCAUACAUGAUUGUGUACAGGAAAAGAGAAUCUUCCUCUUCAUCUCCUCAUCAAGAAGAAAACACCAUGGAGACCAGCACUGAGGAAGCCUUCAAGACUGCAACAGCAGAUGAGAUCCCUAAGGAAAUCAAGAACGACACAGUUACGGAAAACCAUGUCUGCCAAAACAUUGUUUUGACACAACAGGUUGGCCACUCAACACAUUCUGAGGUUGUUAAUUCCGGAGGGCCACUCAACUCAAAGGUGAGGGUAUCUAAGCCCAAAAAAUCUAAGAAGAAAAUUAAGGAAGAGAGUUGCGUUAAA